AUGGCUACCCUUGAAGCAUACAAGCACAUAUCUCCGGAUUCAGGCCAACCGACUAUCCUUCAUCCACAUUUCAAUCCCAAGAUCCGCGACUGGGUGCCACCGGAUCCGAUCCGAGAAGAAAUCCACCCACCGAAAGAUAGAGCACACUUCGCGGACCCGGAGAAAAAGGCCCUGUUCUCAGUAGCGAAAGCAACAGAUCUAACCGAGGGAAUCGGAACCCUGCUCGAGAACGUACAGCUCUCCCAGUUGAAUGCAACGCAACUUGAUGAACUUGCCCUUCUGGUUGCGGAGCGAGGUGUGGUCUUCUUUCGGGACCAAGACCUCACCACUGAAACCCAAGUAAAGCUAUUCGAGCAUUAUGGGAUCCUAGAUAAGCAUCCGGCGCAGAAGGAUGUGCGGCACGUUACCAUCAAAGGCUCCAGCUCCGAUUACAGGCGAGACAACGUGUUCACCCCGUGGCCCCAGGCAGGAUGGCAUGCAGACACCAGCUUCGAGAUCAACCCUCCCAGUUACUCGCUUCUCAGAAUGGAGGAGCAUCCUGAUGUCGGCGGGGACACGGCCUGGGUCAGUCAAUACGGCUUAUUUGACGCACUGUCCCCGACGUACCAGAAGCUGUUCGAGAGUCUUCAUGCAGUCCACACUUCGCGCUUGCAGUACGACACCAUCCUCGAUCUCUGGGGUGUUGGACCAAACCGCCCUCCUAUCGAUACUCACCAUCCGGCGGUUCGCACACAUCCGGUGACUGGCCUCAAAGCGUGGAAUGUGAACGAAGGCUUCGUGACUGGCUUCGCUGAACUCAAGAAGGCCGAGUCCGAUAAGUUGCUUGAUUUCUCGAUUCUGCAUAUCCACUCUGCGGAUGACCACCUCGUGAGAUGGAAGUGGGCGGUUGGCAGUGUGGCCAUGUGGGACAAUCGCGCUGUCCUUCAUCGUGUGAUUCCGGGGAAGUAUGAGCCGGGGAGUAGGAAGGGGGUGAGGACGACGGUAUUUGGGGAGAAGCCUUAUCUGGACCCGAACAGUGAGAGUCGCGAUGAGAGGGAACGCAGAAUU